AUGAAGCUGAGGAUCACCUUCCUCCACAGACCCGGCGAUGCCGUGGAUCCUGCGUCGCUCAAGAUCACCGACGAUAGCCUUGCGGGCCCAGACCUUCAUGCAGCCCGCGAAGUUCGGGCAACAUUUGCCCGCGAUGAACUUCCCGCCGAGCUGUUGGCGCUCCUCGCGGCUACAAAUGACUUCCACGUGAGAUGGGUCGGCCCGCACGCAUACCAAACCGUCAGCCCCCUGCAGUCGAGACUGCCACCAGGUUUCCACCUAUUCUAUACGCCGCUGGCAGAUGAAAAGCAUCAAGAUUCUGCAGUCCUCACCUGCGAUCUAUUACGAAAAGCUUUCGGAGGUCUGGAGAAUUGCAUAUCGAAUGAAUCAUUUGUCUCCCUUCCCAAGAGCCGCUUCUCUCACUCGCCAGCUCAUCAAUUCUAUCAACCUCUCGAGGACCUGCGGAACCUCACUCGCUACAUAAGGGAUGACUUGUGCCCAGAAAAUGACCCCCUCUGUCGAGCCCAGGCAGAGCGCCUGACCGAGUCCGUCUCGCUCGACAUUUCAUGGGACAGCACUGCCAACAUCCUCAGGGUGACCACGAUGUCUCCAUACCAGGCCCAGCCCCUGACCGUGACAGCCUACCCGGGCCACCGCACUGAGGUUGGCAUGCUGGGCGAGGACACCGCGCCGACCCUGGAGCGUCACGAGGUUGGCAUAUCCGGCCACCUCGUCGUACUGGGCGAGCGCAACACCCCUUCCCCCACCGUCUUCGGCUUCCCAUCCCGUCACCGGGCCGCCGAUGGCGACUCUGUAACGUCCUUCUUCCCGUACCACUCUGACACCUCCACCGGCCUGCACCCGACCCUGAGGCUGGUCAUGACGUCGCGCAAGCCGGACGAAGGGUCCUGCACGCCGCACGCCUACCUCACGCUGCCCCGCACCAUCUUUGCCGACAUGUACCAGCUCUCGGACCCUCUUUUCCUCGCCUCCAAGAACCUCACCGCCCUGCGCUACAUGUCUAGCCCCGUCGACCUCGAGGCCCCUGACUACGCCAUGAGCAUAUGGGGCUCGUUCGUGCUGGUGGACCUCGCCCAGCCCUCGGUCGACGCCGGCGACGCCUGGACGGCCGAGAUCCCGCUGCACCUGCGCUACCUCGCCCCCGCGACCGGCGGUCAUCGCAGCAUCGAGGUCCCCGCACCCGCCGUGUUCUGGGCCUGCGCGGCUGACGAGGUGGGCAACCUGGCCACGAACCCGUUCGACCGCACCAGGCUCGGAUACGACGGCCUCUUCGACGUCAACACGGUGUUUUGGCACCUCGAGCCGAGGCCGCCCCCUCUGCCCGUCGGGACCACGCGCCUCGUGCUCGGCGUCGACGUUCCGGUCCUGGACAUAGAGAGGUCGGGCUGGAUCGGCGCUGGCACUGCCGCCGUCAUUCUUUUGGGUUUUGGUUGGGUGGUCUGGAAGCUCCUCGGGGCUGGGUUGGCAAAGAGCGCAGAGGGAGGAAUGGCGCCUGGCGUUCAGAAACCGGAGACGAAGAAGACGCAGUGA